AUGUACAUCCCCCAGGGCGGCUGCGGGGUUGACGAGGACGACCGUACGCGUCCCGUAGCCGUCAGCCCACCUGCGACGUCGACCCGCGAUCGUGGCAGCUCCCGUAUCCACGGGCGCCCGGGCCCGUAUGUACAUACCACCCUGAUCCUGCUGUUCGCCCGGGGCCCGACUCUGAUACGCACACACUACACACGACGCCGUCGACUUUUUGCUCUGCGCGUCGCAGCCACUGGCGCCGUCGUGUGUGUGACGCCGCGAUCGACGACAUCAAGCAUCGGACGUCGAACGUUGACGACCGCCAACGACGCCAACACCGUCGAGCUUGAUGCGUCCGUGGAUCAUGCCACGCUCGCGUGGUGCCCUGACGAGAUGCACGCGAUCAGGCUCGGUCCCGUACUAUGUACGCAGCCGCGCACGCGGGCGCGCGGGGCCCGUCGCGUCGCGCGUGGCAACGAGGGGGCCUGACGCCGUCUCUGCACCUCGUCUGCUGCUGCUCCUGUAUGUGUGCACUUGUGCGUUGCGCACGUGAGCAUGCGUGCAAGGUUGUCCGCGAUACGUCUGCGAUCCGGGUCGAGUCGACACAAACAGCGAUGGGCCACAAGCUACACAGAGUGCCGCUACGUCCCGUCGCGGGCCAGCCUGGGAGACGCUAUCCUUCCGCUACGAGACAGAGAGAGAGACAGCGCAGGGCGCUCGCGCUCGAGGGGCGCGGCACGACCGCCCACGCGAGUCCAAUGUUGC